AUGACAAAGUCUGCAAACACAAAAAAUCCAUUAAGCCCGCGAGGUUCGAAUGGGACGAAGCCACUAACUUCUCGAUCUCGACCGUACCCUAUUACCAUAAAGAUAAAGACGACUUUCGCAUUUCCACCACCUCCGCCACCAGCAGUUCGCAGAAAUCCGUUGCACCAUUUGAAUUGCACUGGUGACGAUUCGAUGCGUGGCGAAAAACAAUCUGAUGAUAAUGUGAGAGCUUCGUCGUUGCCACCACCACCACCACCACAAAGAUCAUCGGCAGACUUUGCUUCUCCCUUCAACAUGAGAUGCUUAUCGGCUCCUCUACCGCCGCCGGCAAAUCCGAAAAUAUCCAUGAUUUCGCCAUUGGCACUGAGAGCGUGGGAAAUACUCCCACAGCUUCGACCUCAAGAUUGUCCAAGUGUAUCCAUGAAAAGGCAGAAUUCGGGACCACCGCAUUCGCCACCACCCAAGAGACAAGAGUAUCCAAAAAGGGAAAUAACUGCUCUUCGUCCAGCUUUUCCUAAUCAAUCGGAUCACAGCAACGUAUCCAUGAAAAGGCAGAAUUCGGGACCACCGCCUUCGCCACCACCCAAGAGACAAGAGUAUCCAAGAAAGGAAAUGACGGCUCUUCGUCCAGCUUUACUAAAUCAAUCGGAUCAUUACAACAAAAGACCGCCUUCGCGUCCUUCAAGGGAAAACUAUUAUCCGAAGAAAGAAGUAGCUGCUCCAAGAAACCCAGUUACUCCCAAAGAAGCUAAGAUUGCAAUGAAACCAAAAACCCCACCGCCACCGCCUCCACCACUCCGCCCGGCAGCAUCUAGGGCUUUGUUCACGGCAGCCAUGGUUGAGGCGUUCAAACCUGGGACAUUGUGA